UCCACCGCCGCCGCUCGCGCUCACGUUCCAACCGAAAGCUCCCACGAAGCCUUCACCUAUCGCGCAGUGCCUGUCCGAUAGCCGCGCGGAUCGGUUGUGUCCGUUUCACACGCGCCGCCGCGUAAAUACGUAAACAUGUUGCAAGAAAUUCAACUUGUUCAAGGUCAAACAAACUACGUCGUCGUCUCCUCUGGAUAUCCGUCCGCUACAUUGACGAAGACACCUGUAGAAAAGAGGAACGUUCCUAUAGCACCAGCACCUGAGAAAAACUAUGUCACACAUGACACCCCACCGAACCUGCAAUACAGAAAGAAGGUUCACUUCAGGACAAACCCGUACACCGGACCGCAAGCCGCUUCGAUAGCCAGACGUAACGCUCGUGAACGUAAUCGUGUGAAGCAAGUGAAUGAUGGAUUCAAUGCACUUCGCCGGCACCUCCCUGCGUCAGUAGUCGCCGCUCUGUCAGGUGGCGCUCGACGAGGCUCCGGCAAGAAGUUAAGUAAAGUCGACACAUUACGGAUGGUAGUUGAAUAUAUAAGAUAUCUUCAGCAACUGCUGGAAGAUAGUGAUGCUGCUUUGGGUAUUACAAGAAAUCAGGAAAAUAGAGAAAACAUUCCGAGCAGUAACACAAUGCAGCCGAUGACUUCAGUUGAUAUGGACGAUGGCUUCUUCUAUGGAAGCGGCUCACCUUGUUCGGAAAAAGCUGACUCACCUGCACCUUCGGAAUGUUCGUCAGGAGUUUCGUCAGCGUAUUCAGCUGUAGACCGCUACGAAGUCACAACGCAGCAGCAGCUCGGUCCCAUGGAUGAAGACGAGCUGCUAGAUGUCAUCUCGUGGUGGCAACAGAAGUAGUACUCACUGAAACAAUGCCACCGAGUAUGCGUAUCCCGCCGAAAAAUGUGAAUACAUACGAAGAGACUCUUUUGUAUCUAGUCAAACCAAUAGUGCCUUAAACUUAGUUAUAAUGUAUACGAGCCUAAUUUAGUAUAAUAUCCACCGAGUUCUGAUGUCCAGUUAUCUUGUUUUACGAUAUGAUUAUACGAAUAAAAUUGACUUUAACAUUUCGUGAGAGCGGUUUCGGUCCAAAUUGUGACAUUAGCGGAAAGAAUGGAAUAGGUUGUGAGAAUAACUGUAUAUUGUUACCUGUUACUAAAUAUUACCGAGGCUUUGUAAUAAAUGCGCUUGUUAUCGGGUUAGUCGAUAAUAUUGUAAAUAUUAGUUAUAAGUUGUAUAAUUAAAAUUAUUUAUUGACGCUAAUUACACCAGACUGAGAAUAGA